UUCACAUCCGUCACAGCUGUCGUGCGGUCACAUGAAUGAGACCCAUGGAGAGGUGUCCCUACGGAGGGAAAAGUUGACCUCGCGCUCGCAGGGCCAAUACUGGCGACUCCCUUCUACGGAAAGUAGCUAAGGUGAGUUAUGUUGGCAGCGGAUUGUUCACACAGGCCUAAAGACAAAAUGUCCUGAUGGAGAACGUCCGACCACGUCUGAAGUUUGGGAACAAAGUCGAAGAUGUGAAACUGAGGAAGAGAAAAUCCCAGCUGUACUCAAAGGAAGAUGAAUGCCCUCUGAACAACGGUGCUCUGAGAGCCAGAGUUGCUGUGUUUUCGGUGGCGUUCAGACUGAUCAACUGCUUCCUGGUCCAGACCAGCUUCGUCCCUGAUGAGUACUGGCAGUCUCUGGAGGUUUCCCAUCAUAUGGUCUUCAAUUAUGGGUAUCUGACCUGGGAAUGGAAGGCAGGAAUAAGAGGAUUCUCCUAUCCACUCUUCUUUGCAUUCAUAUACAAGAUAUUACACUUCAUAAACCUCGACUCAGUCCACCUCCUGAAAUGGCUCCCCCGAAUAAUUCAAGCACUCUUUGCCGCGUUUGCCGAUGUCAAAUUCUUCUUCCUCAUCCGAACGCUGGAAAGUCGUGACAUUGCAAAAUGGACGUUUUUCUGCCAUCUGUGCUCGUGGUUCACGUGGUUCUGCUGCACCAGGACUCUGACCAACAGCACCGAGACAACCAUCACCUGUCUGGCUCUUUUUUACUUUCCCCUGUCUGGGUCCAGAACACACAGCAGCAAAAAAUAUUUGAGCCUUGUUGCCUUGGCUGUCAUUGUUCGUCCAACGGCACUGAUUGUCUGGUUUCCUCUGCUGAUGUACCAUUUCUGGCAGGAAGAUAACAAACUGCGGCUCAUCACUCAUGAAUACAUUCCUAUAGGGGCUUUGGCUUUUGUGAUUUCAACAGUCAUUGACUGUCUAUUCUAUGAAAAGUGGACCAUGGUGCAGUUUAACUUCCUGAAGUUUAACAUUUUUCACGGUGUGGCUGAUUUCUACGGCUCUCACCCCUGGCACUGGUACUUCACCCAGGGGUUUGCCGCCGUGAUCGGUCCUCAUCUUCCCUUCUUCCUUCAUGGAUGCACUCUUGCCUUCAAAAGAUACAAAAUCCUGUUGGCAGCAGUCAUCUGGACCAUCGUCGUUUACAGUUUGCUUCCUCACAAAGAGUUCAGGUUCAUCUAUCCUGUGCUGCCUUUCUGUAUGGUCUUCUGUGGGAUAUCUUUGGCCAAUUUGAAAGCGUGGCGUCGAGCUGCAGCGUUCGCCUUGUUAGUGACCAACCUGGUCCCAGCACUGUACACCGGCCUGAUCCACCAACGAGGCACCCUGGACGUCAUGAGCCACCUCCAGACGCUUUGUGACGCCAGCAGCAUCGCCAAGCCUCCGCAGCCAGACGUCCUCUUCCUCAUGCCCUGCCACUCGACGCCCUACUACAGCCACGUCCACUGCCCAAUAAAGAUGAAGUUUCUUGAGUGUCCUCCAGAUCUCGGAGAGGAAGGUUACGUCGAUGAAGCUGAGAGAUUCUACGAGGACCCUGUUCACUGGCUCAGUACUUCAUUUCCAUACAAAUCUUCUCUGCCCACCCACCUGGUGUUUUUCGAUGUUUUGGAAAAGGAAAUCUCUGUGUUUUUGCAGGGGAACAACUUUGUGAGGACAGCAGAGAUAUUUCAUACUCAGUUUCCAGAGGGAAGAGUUGGAGGAAGCAUCUUUAUUUAUGAAAGGCACUGACAAACACUGGAACAAUGGCAAUUUUCUUU